CAGAAAAAACUUCUACAGAGGUAGAAUCUCAGCAACCGUCGACUCACUGUUUGGGCAAUGAGUUCUUGAAGUGGAAUCUGAGUUACAGUCAAAUCACAGUUUGGUUUCUGAUACAGGAAAUUAUUUUGCAACAAAUACUUCUACCCUAGAAGUAGAACCUAGGUACUAUCAAAUCACAAUUUGUUUCAGGCUCAAACAAAUCCUUUUGCACCAAUUACAUCUUCAAUGGUACAACCUCAACUACUAUCAAAUCACAAUAUGGAACUGAUCAAAGAAAUCAUUUUGCAUCAAUUACGUCUUCAAUGGUACAACCUCAACUACUAUCAAAUCACAAUAUGGAACCUGAUCCAAGAAAUCAUUUUGCACCAAUUACUUCUUCAAUGAUACAACCUCAACUACUAUCAAAUCACAAUAUGGAACUUGAUCCAAGAAAUCAUUUUGCACCAAUACUUCUUCAAUGGUACAACCUCAACUACUAUCAAAUCACAAUAUAGAACCUGAUCCUAGAAAUCAUUUUGCACCAAUUACUUCUUCAACGGUACAACGUCAACUACUAUCAAAUCACAAUAUGGAACUUGAUCCAAGAAAUCAUUUUGCACCAAUUACUUCUUCAAUGGUACAACCUCAAUUACUAGCAAAUCACAAUAUGGAACUUGAUCCAAGAAAUCACUUUGCACCAAUUACUUCUUCAAUGGUACAACCUCAACUACUGUCAAAUCACAAUAUGGAACUUGAUCAAAGAAAUCAUUUUGCACCAAUUACUUCUUCAAUGAUACAACCUCAACUACUAUCAAAUCACAAUAUGGAACUUGAUCCAAGUAAUCAUUUUGCACCAAUUACUUCUUCAAUGGUACAACCUCAAUUACUAUCAAAUCACAAUAUGGAACAUGAUCCAAGAAAUCAUUUUGCACCAAUUACUUCUUCAAUGGUACAACCUCAACUACUAUCAAAUCACAACAUGGAAUUUGAUCCAAGAACUCAUUUUGUGCCAAAUACUUCUUCAAUGCUACUACCGCAUCAAAAUUUGGAUUCUUUAAUGCUGGGACCUCAAUUACUAUCAAAUCACAAUAUGGUUUUUGAUCCAAUGAAUCAUUCUGCACCAUGUACUUCUUCAAUGGCAGCACAUGAUCAGCUACUAUCAAAUCACAAUUUCCUUUCUGAUCCAAGAAAUCAUUUUGCGCCAAAUGCUUGUUUAAUGGUACAUCCUCAACAAGUUGCAGAAUUAUUUGCGCAAUUCACUGCACUAUUUGGGCGUUAUUUGCUGGAUCACAGCUCAGUGUCGGCACCACAGUGGCCAAUUAAUCCACAACAAGGAUCCUAUUCCUCCUUGGACUCAAACUGCGCCUUUGGUAAUAACUGUACUUCGUCGAGCUCUCAGUUUCAUGGAGGGCUUGAAGAUGCCUGGGUUGCACAAAGGAGUUUCCAGGAUAAACAUCCUGAAGAAGCAACUGGACAAGACUCUUCCUACUGAUACGGACACUGACAACACCAAGGCUUUCAUGGAUGAGCAAUCUGUGGACAUUCCUCUUGAUCUCAAUUAAAUUCUGCGGGAGAAUAUUAUUAUAUUAUUGUUGACAUUUGAAGAAUGGUUUACUCAAUGUUGUGUAAUCGUUUGAGAAUAAUGGCUCCUAUGUUUCUGGGCCUUCUUGUUUAAAAAUAUUGAAUUUCUAUAUUUAAUAAAUUAAUAGA